CGGGCCUGGCAUAUCUCUCUCUCCCUCACCCAUCCUUCUCCAACUCCGGCCGCCGCCACGGCCAGGCCGACGUGGUGGUGCGCCUUCGCCUCCCAUCCAUCCACCAGCGCCACCAUCUUCUUCUCCUUCCCCGAAUCCACCAUCAUCCAUCCACACCACCGUCACCAGCGCCACCAUCUCUAGCCACCAGCACCACAGCGCCUCCCCACACCUCACGCAACCCACCAGACAGAUGGUCGGAGGCGUCUGAUGCCCCUCGCGAUUCUCCUCCCCAAAUCUGAACUGCUGCUGCUCCUCCACCUUUCUUCUUCCCCCAAAUUCUGUUGCUGCUCUCUCUCUGACCUCCCCACGCCUCUGUUCUUCUUGCCCAAACCUUGCUGCUACUCUUCUUCUACUGCGCCCCCUUGCUGAUCUCUCACGCUGCUGCUCAUUCCCUCAUCACUCUGUUGUUUUCUUCUUCUCCUGUCGCUGCCCUCUUCUAUCCUUGCCUCUAGUUGCUGCUCCUAAUCUUUUCUGAACCCCAGCCUCCUAUUCUUUCUUCUCCCUACCUCGCUGCUGCUCUGCCCUCUUCUCUGAACCUCUCCUCUUCCUCCCAACGCCCCUUGCUGCUUCUUCCUCCUUGCCUGCUGCUACUCCUCCCCCUGCCUCGCUUCUUCUCCCUCAACCUCCUACUGCUGCCUUAUCUCUCUCUCUCCCUCUCUAAAUUUCUGUAGUAUUGCGAGAUGUUUAAGACUUUGUAAGGUUCAGAUUCGUAGAGUACUUAAAACAUGUUGUUUUCUCAGUUUCGUACUUGUUUUCUAGAGUGUAUGUGUUCAGUUUCAGACUUGUGUUUGUAGUGUUACAUGGUGAUCUGUGAGCUGAACCGUGGCAUGUGUCACUCAGUUUGUAUGCUUGAUAAUUAGCUAUAUAUAUCCCCUGUUCAUUUCUUGCUUAAGAACCUUGUUACAUUGUGUAGUAUUUGUGUUAGCAGUACGUGUGAUAUAUUUAUAUACACGUUUGUGCGUGUCUUUGAUGUGAUGCACUUUAUGUUUUGUCCUACAUACUUGUUUCUUCCCUCUAUUAAUGUAAAAUAGUUAUAUAUAUAUAUGUCCAUGUCUUUUCAACUCCCUAGCCGUUGAUGUAUGCUUGUGUUAGCAUUUUAUUUGUCAACUAAAAUAAAAACACAAAAAAUAUACAUUGAGUAAAAUCUGAAUCUACCUUUGCGCAUCUGCAUUUUCUUUGGCGACAACCCUGUUUAGUUUAGUUUUACUUUUUUGCAUUCAUCACCCGAAUCGUGUUACCUAGCUUUAGCCGAGCAUAGUCAAUGUCGCCUAGUCCCUGUGGGGAACAUGACACUCGUAGUUUGGGGCGUAAAAACCCCGCUAUAUUAUAAUAGACCAUUUUGGCGCCGUUGACGGGGACUAGCGUCGUGUGACUGUGUUAGGCUAUAGACUAGGUUUUUCUUGUUUUCAUUUUGUGACAUCUAUAUGUGAUAUAUCUCUAACCACUAAUCCUUGUUCUAGAUCAUUUUCUUUCUGUUUUCUUUUAUUUUGGCAGGUUAGAACUAUCUUCUCGGUUAUGCUUACUAUUCAGAUCAUCAGGCUUAUGCGAGCAACACUACAAACAGCAUGGAAAGUAUUGAAGAACUGAUAAUAAUCAUAUGCAGGGAUUUAGGUAUGAAGAGGAGAGCCACAAUUAUGCUCCACAACAGUCUUAUUCAGCUCCUAUUCAUAUACCUCAGCACCAGGAGAUGUUGCCAAUGGAGUUAAAUGGUCCUCCAUUUGGUCAACCAACACCUUCAACACAAGUGCCUACUCAAGAUGAGUUCGAUGACAUAGACAAGCUCGCACUUUUGAGUCUCGAGUUCACUUGGAGUGCCGAGGAUGAUCCUAUUAGGAAGGUUAUACUAGAUGAAAUGAAGAAUAUCAAGAGUGGGAAUGAGCUAGUGGAAGAAGUAAAGAAGAUUGAGAAGAACAUCAACGCUGGCAGUACUAUUUCUUCACAGCUUGAGGUGAGUAAUUCUGGGAUUCCCCUUGAUACAUGUGAGGUUCCAAUACCGUCACAUCCAGCUGAGCAAGAUUGCAGGUGCCUUGAGCAUGAGAUACCUCAGAUUGAAGAAGAUGAACUAGAAAAAAAGGAACAAGAUGAUCAAGAGCUACAAUUCCCAAGUGAUCAAGUUGAAGACUCAUCAUCUACUACUCCUGAAGAAGUACAAGAAGCUGCUAUAGAUGAAGAUGAAGAACCUGAGAUUCAUUUUCCUAUUGUCAUACCAGAGCGUGAUGUGUCAGGUUUAUCUAAUCCUCUUAAUUACAUGUCUUCAUAUGAUUUGUUUGCUACUACCUUGCAUUGCAUGAUGCCAUCACUUAAGGUAUAUUUGAAAAACUAUUUGCUUGGACAUGAUCAUACACACCCUGUUAGUGGCAUUGCUCAUAUCUCUGUUCAUGAUACUUAUGUUCCUAUUGCUAUACCCAUGCUUAAUGAAACGUGUGAUUCUAAUACUAGCAUUGAGCUUACUGAUUUGUACCAUCCUAAACAUGUGCUUUAUAGCUAUGCUUAUGUAAUUGGAUAUUCGAUUGAUGACUUGGAGGGUAUUAUCCCUACCACUUGCAUUGUCUCUCUCGUUGAGUGCUCUUUCAGGUUUUUGCUUGUGCACGAUCCAUUACAUGCUGACCAAGUUCGAGGUGACAUUCCUUGGGACCCUGGUGGACUCGGAGCAUGGGGAUGAGGAGAAGCAAGGGGGCACACACGAGGAAGGGAGAAGCUGGAGCAGGCAUGAGGAUAGAGAAGCAAAAGGAGAGGAGCUGCAAUUGGUGAGGUGAUCGAGCGAGUGCUACUUCAUUAAGCCCGGUGAGCUGUUUCAUGACCCAUUCUAAAUAUCAUAAAUACAUGCUGAAUUCAAUUGCUAGUUGGGUUGCUUGAGCCAGUUAUUACUUGUUGUCAAGCUGAAUUUCACCUUUGGCAUUGUGCUUGAUGUGAAUUUGUGAACUUGAUUUUUGAAUGCCUUGUAAACUAGUGAUCUACACCAUGCAUGCUUUGCUGAAAUUAGUGAGAACUACUAGUUUUGAGUGCUCAAAUCCCUAGUACACUAGAAAACUUCGUCAUUUUCUGCAUUUACUAUGAUACACCUAGAUCACCAUGUUUAGAUGCUGAAUUUGUGCCAAGUGUGUUCCCAUUCAGAGCAAGCACCUAACCACUAUGGAUUAGCAUGCUAUGUUCCCUGGAUCGGUAGCAUGUGAACUAGACAUGGAGAAAUGAGGAUUCCUGUUUGUUGUGCUUAUGCAUUGUUCAUUUUAAAAAAGUAUUUCUUAUAAUGAAUAAUUAUCUGAUUUUACCUAACAGUAGCAUGUCAUGUUCCCUGGAUCGGUGGCUUGUGAAAUCUGGUUGGAUCGGAUAGGAGUUAAUGAUAUAAAAAAUGUAAUUGUCAAACCAGGUGUAUACCAUGUUCUCUGGAUCGGUGGUAUGUUCCUUUGGGGAGACAAACUAAAAAAACUAAUAUUUGGUUGAGCCAGGUGUAUACCAUGUUCUCGGGAUCGGUGGUAUGUUCCUUUGUAGAGACUGAUAAAAUAAUAUCUUUGCUUCCUUCAAAUUCAAUAAGUGAUUCAACCACAAUGUUGUGUUCCUGGUAAUAAGUGAUCUGAUCACAAGCUUUGUUCUCGGGAUCAUGCUCUCUUUAGGAACCAUUUGGCACAGUCAUCAUUUAAACUUGUUGAUCCUCUUUUAUCGUUGUAAAGGUUUAAAAUGGUCAUGCUUACUAGUGUCCUAUUGCUCUGUAGCACUCUUAACCAUUAUUUUCACUAGCUAAGUCCACAAGCAUGCAUUGUUUAGAGAUCUACUUCACUUGGACAUUCUCUAGUCAGCUCACUAUUCACUAUCUUGCUCGUCAUAUGCCUUUGCUUGAGGACAAGCAAAGAUUUAAGUGUGGGGGAACUAAAAGAGUGUCCCCCACAUGUAUCCAUUGUCGUCCAGCCCGGUUAGGAUACCUGGCUUUCACCCAGGCGACCCGGGUUCAUAUCCCGGCAAUGGAACCAAAAAUGGACUAUUAUAAUAUAGCGGGGUUUUUACGCCCCAAACUACGAGUGUCGUGUUCCAGGGACUAGGCGACAGUGACUAUGCUCGGCUAAAGCUAGGUAACACGAUUCGGGUGAUGAAUGCAAAAAAAGUAAAACUAAACUAAACAGGGUUGUCACCAAAGAAAAUGCAGAUAAGAAAAGGUAGAUUCAGAUUUUACUCAAUGUAUAUUUUUUGUGUUUUUAUUUUAGUUGAAAAAUAAAUGCUAACACAAGCAUACAUCAACGGCUAGGGAGUUGAAAAGACAUGGACAUAUAUAUAUAACUAUUUUACAUUUAAUGGAGGGAAGAAACAAGUAUGUAGGACAAAACAUAAAGUGCAUCACAUCAAAGACACACACAAACGUGUGUGUGUGUGUGUGUGUGUAUAUAUAUAUAUAUCACACGUACUACUAAUACAAAUACUACAUAAUGUAACAAGGUUCUUAAGCAAGAAAUGGACAGGGGAUAUAUAUAGCUAAUUAUCAAGCAUACAAACUGAGUGACACAUGCCACGGGUCAGCUCAUAGAUCACCAUGUAACACUGCAAACACAAGUCUGAAACUGAACACACACACUCUAGAAAACAAGUACGAAACUGAGCAAACAACAGGUUUUAAGUACUCUACGAAUCUGAACCUUACAAAGUCUUAAACAUCUCGCAAUACUACGGAAAUUUUGAGAGAGAGAGAGAGAUAAGGCAGCAGCAGGAGGUUGAGGGAAUGAGCAGCAGCGUGAUGAGGGAAUGAGCAGCAGCGUGAGAGAUUAGCAAGGGGGUGCAGUAGUAGAAGAGCAGCAGCAAGGUUUGGGCAAGAAGAACAGAGGCGUGGGUGGGGAGGUUAGAGAGAGAGCAGCAGCAGAAUUUGGGGGAAAAAGAAAGGUGGAGGAGCAGCAGUAGUUCAGAUUUGGGGAGGAGAAUCGCGCGGGGCAUCAGACGCCUCCGGCCAUCUGUCUGGUGGGUUCCGUGAGGUGUGGGGAGGCGUUGUGGUGCUGGUGGCUGGAGAUGGUGGCGCUGGUGACGGCGGUGUGAAUGGAUGAUGGUGGAUUCAGGGAAGGAGAAGAAGAUGGUGGCGCUGGUGGAUGGAUGGGAGGCGAAGGCGCACCACCACGCCGGCCUGGCAGUGGCGGCGGCCGGAGUUGGAGAAGGAUGGGUGAGGGAGAGAGAGAUAUGCCAGGCCCGAUGGGGAAUGGAGCCGAUCUAGGGAUUUUGAUCCCCUCCCUGAUCUGCAAACAUUACACAUUAGCCCUCCUCCUUCUCUUCUUACUUCACAAGAAGGUCCUCUCACUUCUUUAGCAGGCCCCCUAGUUACUUCUUUUCAUCUCACUCAAGUAUCUUCUCCCUUCUCUUCUUUUCUUUACUCUUCUCGAUAACCACCUAGACAGAAUCUUGACAAUUAUUGGUGCCUUUGUGCACAUUUCUGCAAGAUAGACCAAAGACUAGUAAAUGAUCUUUUUUUUGAUUAUCAAGCAAUAUUCAAUCAAUCAUGGCAAGAAUGGACGGAUAUAUCACGAUAGAUGCUACAUUUGAGUACCAAAAUUAAAUAUGUGAAAUAUACUUAUCAGUGGUUUUGGUAAUUAAUGUGAACAUAUCUCUUGUUGGACUAACACUGUUAUCUAGUAUGUUUCAGAUAAGUUCAACAAUGGAGUGGCAUGGACUAAAAGAUGUGGGAACUCCUUCAAGGUGCUCAGGACAAAAGAUUGGCUCAAGCUUCAAGCUCAAGACUCUUCAUUUUAUAUUUUAGUGAUCCAAGAUCACAUUGAGUCUAUAGGAAAAGCCAAUACUAUCAAGAAGGGAUGAGGUGUUGCUCA